GCUUGGUCGACGCUCACUCGUCGGCUUGCUAGCGGGUUCUUUACUACUUUCUUGCUAAUCAAUGUCUCCCUCAUAACCACACAGCUGCUGCUUCAACCACCGAGAGGCAGACGCCACGAAGCUGAAGAAGUGUCUUGACUUCAUAGAGCACCUCUCGACCCCCCGUCUUCUCUGCUGGUCUACCACAUCACGCUUCUCACUGCAUCACUUCGACCCGCACACCAUGGCUUCGCUCUUCUCUGCGCCCGCGACCAGCGCUCUGAGAGCUGCUGCGCGUAGGCAGGCCCCCUUUGCGGCACGAUCCGCUUCGACUUCCGCCUCGGGCGCUCAACCCUUCUUGACAUCUCGUCUGGCAGCUUAUGGAGCUACCGGAGCAGCUGUCGGAACAGUGGCGUGGUACGCUCAGGUCUUUGGUGGUGGAAUUCCCGGUAUCGGCGAGAUGUCGGCCAACAUGAUCGACGAAGGUCUUCACCCGCCUGCUUACCCGUGGAGCCACAAGGGCGUGUUUGAGACUUUUGAUCACUCCAGCAUUCGCCGCGGUUACCAGGUAUACCGUGAGGUUUGCUCUUCGUGCCACUCGCUUGACCGCAUCAACUGGCGAAACCUGGUUGGCGUCUCUCACACCGUCGAUGAGGUAAAGGCGAUGGCUGAAGAGGUCGAGUACGAGGGAGAGCCCAACGACGAAGGAGAAAUCGGUAUGAGGCCAGGAAAGUUGGCCGACCCCAUGCCAGCACCCUACCCCAACGAGGAAGCUGCGCGAGCGGGAAACAACGGAGGUCUGCCUCCUGAUCUCAGCUUGAUCACCAAGGCUCGUCACGGUGGUGCAGACUACGUCUUUGCUCUUUUGACCGGUUACGUCGACCCUCCUGCAGGCUUUGACGUUCCCGAGGGUCUCAACUUCAACCCUUACUUUCCGGGUACAAAGAUUGCCAUGGCGCGAGUGCUGUAUGACGGUCUGGUAGAGUACGAGGAUGGCACACCUGCAACGACUACCCAGAUGGCAAAGGAUGUCGUAACUUUCCUCAACUGGUCAUCCGAACCCGAACACGACGAGAGAAAGAGGAUGGGAGCUCAAGCCGUGACAAUCUUGACCGUCCUCUUUGCCAUGUCCAUCUGGGUGAAGAGGUUCAAGUGGGCAGGCAUCAAGAACCGCAAACUCCACUAUACUCCUCCUUCCGGCCACUAGAUUUACACCUCGCCUUUGUACGCUAGGAACGAAGCGAUUCGUCCUUUGCGUCUUUGUAGGGAGAGGAGCUGGGCAGUCUGCUGAGCGAAGAAUCAAUUGCGCCUCUGGAGAGACCCUCAAGAGCCGAGCAAUUGAACCAUGCUUUCUCGUUCUACCCCUCAUCCUCUACGCCCUGAACCAUGUCUCGCACAUGUCCGCCCACACGUCAUCUGUAUCCGCAUCGUGAGAGCAAGUUUCACACUGGCUCAAUUCAAUCCAAAAAAUUCUCUUCGUCUUGCAACAUGGUCGCACGCUCUUCACGUACUUUUGCCGUUGUGCGCGUGCGUGCGUGCGUGCGUGCGUGCGUGCUUGCUCCAGCGCUAUACGCACAAGCAUUCACGCAGGGGGCCC